UUGAAGCAACGAGUCGCAGUCACGCCCUCCGUGCAGUGCUGCGACCCAAUUACUCCCAGCGCUUUCUCGCUCGUAUGCACAUCCUCCUCACUCACCUUCUUCUUCUUCUUACCAUCCUGAGCUUCCUCUGCCAUCUCGAUCCUCCGUUCCCGCUUUCCAAACCAUGGAGAGCAAGCCCAUCUUCGUGGUGGAAGAGAGGAAAGAGCUCAUGCUCUCCCCGAACGGAGGCGCCGACCCGGCUCCGAGAACGAGCCACUUCCUCAAACCCUCCGCGGCGGAGCCCGAGACCCACCCGCCUCCGCCCGUCCCGACCCCGCCGCCGCCGGAGAGCUUGCCGAUCAGCGUCAGGUUGGACAACUGGCGCCGCCCGACCAAGAGGUGGACCGCGUGGGUCGAUCGCAUGGAGUCCGCGCACGAGCCCACGUGGAGGAGAGCCGGUAUUUACGACGCCAUCAAGUGUUCGACGUUCUCGAUCCGGAAGCACCCUGGCUUGGUCCUCGGGCUCGCUCAACGUUGGUGUCCCGACACGAACACAUUCGUUUUCCCCUGGGGCGAGGCCACCAUCACGCUGGAGGACGUGAUGGUCCUAGGGGGUUACUCGGUCUGGGGAUCCUCCCCUGUUUCGAGCCAUCUCGGGAGCCACUCGGGGGAGGUCCAGGCGAAGCUGGAGCGAGCGAGGUCGGAGAUGACGAAGACCCCGGCAAACGUGGCGGACAGCUGCAAGUGGAUGGAGAAGUUUAGGGACACCGGGAGCGACGUUGAGCACGAGGUCUUCCUCGCGUUCUGGCUGUCGAGGUUUGUAUUCGCGGGCUCUUCCGACGUGAUCACCGCGAGUGUACGGCAGAUGGCGAUAGGUCUGGCUAGAGGCGUGAGGAUUGCACUUGCGCCCGCUGUUUUAGCUAGUAUUUAUAGAGAUUUAAGUUGGCUGAAGAUUGUUUUAGAUGGGCUAGUUCCAGGGAUGAAGGAUGGAAAUGAAGGGAAAGAGAUUUAUGUAAAAGUGUCGGCGCCGUUUGCUUUGGUUCAGGUAUGGGCCUGGGAGAGAUUUGCGACCACCAUCAGGCCAAAUCGUAGAGAGGUUCAGCCUGGGGAGCCUAGGUUGGGUCGAUGGCACAAAUCGAAAAAAUUGAACCUUCAAAAUGUGCAUUCCAUGAUGGGCGAAGCCGGAGUACAUUUUAAUUGGCGUCCCUACAGCUUGGCCGUGAAUGACUUGGCGUCCUAUGCAUUUUAUGGCGAGAAAGAGAACUGGGUGUCGCUGGAGGAGGACGCCAAUGCGGAACUGAGGUCAUUCGCUCACUGCUUGAUGGCUUGUGAGUUGCCCGGGCUGGAUAUUGUCGAGAAGUAUUCGCCUCAUCGAGUGGCCAUGCAAUUCGGGAUGGAUCAAGAUAUGCCAGGUCGGGUUGCCCCCUGCAACCAGGACCCUGAGAUUGCUUGGGACAACUACAGUAAGUCAAUCCAAGGUGCGCAGUUGUACAUUCCAGCGAGGCUUUACAAACCGUGCGUAACAGCUCGCUAUGCUGAGUGGUGGACUUCAAGGAGUUCAGAUAGAUCAAUGCAGGGAUUAAAAGGAAGGUCGGUAGUUAAUGAUGACCCAGUUCCUCCCGGUUUUCGGCUGAAAAGCGUUAGUGUGGACACAGCCGACUCCAGUGAAGAUGAUGAUGGGCUAACUUUGGGAGAAUUUUUUAGGUCCAUUAAGCGAAGUAGAGCUACCGGGAGCUGCUCGGUUGGUCUCGGCAACAAAUGCUUGCAGAAUGAUCAAAUGCAAAGUUCCUUCUUACAGAAUGUGGGUAGAGGAGACACUGACAUCGAAACGAGAGCGUCACCAAUGGAACCUGUCGUGAGGAAUAGGCCCCACGAUACUGCUCCUGGAGGAGCUCAAAGAGACGAUGAGGAAGGCACUAAUGGAAUAGGGCAGAGAGUUACUGACGGAGGUUUAGCCGAUGAAACUGCGGGAGAAAGCAGUGAGCGUUUAACGUGUGAAAUGCUAGUGGCAGAUCUCGAAGUUCGGAUUAGCAAGUUGGAGAGAGCAGUUGCUGAGCGAAAAGCUCGGAUUACCAAAUGAAAGUCACUCUGAAGAAUUCGAACUGUGAUGCUUUCUAUAAAUUUCUACUGUCCUUCCAUGUCUGUAGUAUUCAACUAGAUCUCUUUUUUGUUAAUGCUCUAGACUAUCAUUUCUUUUCCUUCCCUUCUUAUUCUAUUUCAUUUCAUUUUUGCUUUUUGGGAGGUUCGCAGAGAUUGAUCUCAAUGCUUUGUGAAUGUUUAGAUUGCUUGUUCGGUUGAUUAUUUAGCUUGUGUGAGAAGUGGCAAUGCUUUGUGGCUGAUUUUAGUGUCAUGUAUCUGAUGCAGUGGACAAGACUUCAUUUUUUGUGAA